AUGGAUCUGUCACUGUUGCUCAACGCUGAUCCUCGAAUCGAAGGAAUUCAAGACCUCCCUCCCCUUGGUGACUACACUACACCAUCAACGGUAGCCGUAAGUACAGCUCUUCACUACACCAUCGGCGGUAGGCAUAAGUACAGCUACGAUGCCGUAGAUGCAGUCACUGCAGAAAAGCUUGAGCUGAAACGAGGAGAAAUGAAUCGUCUGUGCCCUGUUUUAUCGAGCUACCUGGAUAAUCAUUGGUGGAAGUACAAGGGCCGCAUUGUGAGGGCGUGGACAGAUCGCUAUCAGCAUUUUGGUAUCCGGUACACUUUGUUUGUCGAAGGAACACAUGCGAAGUGCAAGAAUAUCAAGAACAAGGAAUUCCACCUCGGUUUUGGGGGUAUGCUCGCUGGGGAUAGGUAA